UUCUAUUGCAUUCGAACAAGAAAUGUGCGUGAUUUCUUGACUUUAUUUCAAGAAGUCUCAAUUAAUUAUCCCGAAUUCCUAGAUAAACUUUCUCUAAUGUCUGGUUUUAAUUUACUUAGUGAGCAAGGCCUUCGUUUAGAUGGUCGCCGACCACAUGAACUGCGUAGAAUCAAAUGUAAACUCGGUGUUUUCUCUCAGCCAGAUGGAAGUGCUUACAUCGAACAGGGAAACACAAAAGUUCUAGCCGCUGUUUAUGGUCCACAUCAGGCUUCAUCAAAAAAAAGCAGCCAUGAAGAAGUCAGCGUCAAUUGCCAGUACAGCAUGGCUACAUUUUCUACUGCAGAACGAAAGAACCGUCCUCGUGGUGAUCGAAAAUCCCAAGAAAUUACUCUCCAUCUGCAGCAGGCUCUGAAGGCCGCCAUAAAGACUGAGCUGUACCCACGAUCCCAAAUCGAUGUCUUCAUCGAGGUCCUUCAAUCUGAUGGAGCCAACUACGCUGUCUCAGUGAAUGCAGCAACUCUGGCACUUGUCGACGCCGGCAUUUGUCUUAAAGAGUAUGUGUGUGCAUGCACAGCGUCACUGAGCAAAGAAAACAUACCCUUGACAGAUGUCUCGAAUGUGGAGGAACUUUCGGGUGGCCCUACUUUGUCGGUGGCAUCACUUCCCAGUUCCAAUAAGAUCGCCUUCAUGGACAUGUCACAGCGUUUCCACCUUGACAACCUGCCAAUUGUCAUCGAACAGGCUCUCGGUGGUUGUCGGGAGAUUCAAGCAAUCCUAGAAAAGGAAGUGAGAAAGCAUCUGACCCAAAUAGGAUCAGCUGGCGAUUGGAGUAAUGUUGCAAAGUGAAUUCAGUUUUAUUUCUUUUUAUUUUCUGCUUCUAAUAAAUCAUUCGAUUCCACAUUGGAAAUCAUUUCGA